AUGAGGAUCAACCCUCCAGCAUUUACAGGAGGACCUGAUCUAGUGGCUGUAGAGAAUUGGGUGCAGGAAAUAGAAGAGAUUAUGGUUGAACUCAACUGCACGGACAAACAGAUGGUCCGUUAUGCUGCAUUCAAGAUGACUGGAGAGGCGAAGCGUUGGUGGCUUUCUAUGAAGCUGCUAGAGGAUCAGAGGGGGGAUAUGACAGUUGCGGAGUAUACGGCUAAAUUUGUGGAAUUGUCACGUUUUGCUCCAUUUUUGAUCCCAAAUGAGGUAAGGAAAUACGUGAGGUGCAAAAUCUACGAGCUGGUGGUCAGGUUUCAGGUCCAAAGUUUUUCAGAACUAGUUGAUAAGGCCUCGGUGUUGGAGAAGAGUAUCCAGAGCAGCAUUGAGUCUUCAGAGCAGAAGAAAACACCUGCACCAUCUAGUUUUUAG